AUAUUCAUAUAAACAAUCUUGUUCUCUGUAUUAUCAUUGACAAUAUCUGCAACAACAACUCGAAGGAAUUUCUUUUCGUUGCCUGGUACUCCAGACUACGAUAAGCACCACUACUAUAAGAAACGUGAUAUUCUUUUACCAGAAAAGUAUUAUGCUUGGAUCAUGGUGCCUGCGGUGAUUAUAGGAUUUUUUGGCAGCCUAGAAAAUUUCGUGGUCCCAUACUGUAGACCAGACCCUGAUAUAGACCGUGAGGAUCAUGUGAGAUAUUGUUUUAAGCUGGAAAAGCGUGUUCGUGAAAAAGAUGUCCAGUAUAAAAUCGUCGAUAACUCGAUUCUUGAGCUGUCUUAUAUGUAUCGCCGCGACCCGGAUCGUAGGAUAGUCAAGAAGCAGUUGCCCAAAGGAAACUACGCUGAUGCAGAGUUAAGAGGCUGGCUUGAUAAAUUUGACGUGUUUAGGGUGGAUAUCUCAGGGUUUCAGCGUGAACCCACAAAAAAGCAGCAGCUCUCUGGUUAAGUUACAUACUAAUUCCAUGGGCCAAUGGAUAGAGAGAUUGAAGGCUGGGCUCCGAUUUACAUAAAUGUAGCUGCUUAGUUGAUUUUGAGACAUAAUUAGAUAAU